CAUCUUAAUACCUUUUAUGUCCAGUUCUCAUGAAGCUUCUUGGAAGAGAGCAGCAGAUUUACUGGUGGAUGUUGCCAGCCACGGAGAAGCCACUGGGUAUGAGAUGCCUUGUCUCAUUGUAGCAGCUAAAGAUGAUCUGGAGCCUUAUUUGACCGAAAUUCAAGAUUCUACCAGGGUUAGCCAGGAUUUAGGGAUAGAAGCUCCUAUACCCAUCAGCACGAAGCUUGGGGAUUUCAGUAAUUUGUUCCGAAGGAUAGUUAAUGCAGCGGAACAUCCACAUUUGAGCAUCCCUGAAACUGAAGCGGGAAGAAGCCGUAAGCAAUAUCAUCGGCUCGUCAAUCGAUCUCUUAUGUUUGUAUCAGUUGGGGCUGCUGUAGCUGUUGUGGGACUGGCAGCUUACCGUGUUUAUGCUGCGCGGAAGAAUGCAUCGAGCUGAGAAUUGAGAUGGUGUGAUCAUAAUAUGCCAGUCAUGGUUUCAAAUAUCAAGUUUCUCUUGUCUGAUCUCUUGUGCCAUGGUUUAUUGCUUGGUUUUCUGGUAGUGUGCAUAUCUCCGAAUUCCAACAUGGAGAAAAAUGCAAAUAUUUUUGUGAUCGCUGCUUUAGAUCUGUUACAUAUUAGCGGCUUUUCUUUUGUAGCAUCUCAAUUAGAAAGUACUGGACGUGCCUUUUCUUUCGAAGUGGAGAUGCCCCAUUGCUAGCAGGGUUGAUUUGCUGCGAAAUAAAAUGUUUAAAAUAAACUUUGUUUAAGAAACUUGGAAGUAAACAUGAAGCGACCUUUUUAGGGUUAUAUCGUAUUUUAAGGAAAAUUUUAUUGAA